AUGAGAACUGAGGCGAGUUUCAACCAGCUAAAAUAUUGUUUACUGCAAUGUCAAUCAAAAUAAUACGAUUCAACCAAUGGCCCAGUGCGGAGCCUGGGACUGGACAGUUUUUUUUGCAGACGUUCAACGCCGCAAGCAGUGCCAGUGUGGUCGUUGUGAAGUAAGGCAACAGCAGCUUGUGCAUUGCUGGGGACAAAACUGUGACUCCGAACUUUCAAGAGCCACUCUCUCCGUGUCAUUUCUCAACCCGCUGCUCCUCCGGGGUCUCUGACGGCAGCGCAUCUACUUGUAGGCGUACGUGAGCGCACUGUAGCAAUGUAGCCGGCUGCAGGACUGAACAACGUAUUACCUGCGUGUGGUGCUGAUCUCAGCGAGCGAGCGAGGACCUCUCCAUCAGGUACCAAUUAUUGGCCUACAAUAGUGGCUAGUAGCUAAUACCACGCGGGCUACAAUCAGCUUGUGCCACACACACACACACACGCACACACACACACACACACACACACACACACACACACACACACACACACACACACACACACACACACACACACACACACACACACACACACACACACACACACACAGAGAGUAUGGCAACGAUGUCCUGGGAGCAAAGGCUGCAGCAAUUCGUCGAAGCUAAGGGUAGCAGUACCAGUGCUGGUGCUGGUGCUGGUGAUGGUGCCGGGCCAUCGGGCGCAGUGUCGGCCGCAUCGGAGGCGGACGUGGAGCAGAUGACGGCGCAGUGCAUUGCCGACUGGCAUACGCCGACUGCUGCCGCCGCUGCAGCAUCCACUUAUCAGCACAUACCUCGAUUCUACAGAAAGUGUCCGGAUGAGAACGAUGCAGUCCGUAUGAGAGUGAGAGAGGAAGCACGAGCACGUCAUGUGCAGCGCCUCAGCAAGGAGAUGUUGACGAACAGCGACCUUGAUGUUGUCUGGGCUCUUCUACAGAGGCAAUACUCCAGUCAGGAGAAUGAAGAGAAGAUGAUCAAUUUUGACGACUUUGUGCGCGUAGGCCAAGAGGCCGGCGAAAAGUUCAGCUCUUACUUCACUCCCAUGGUGUAUGCAAAGCUCUACCAGCAAGACCCCCGUGGCCGGUUACCCAUCAGUCGCCUGUAUGCCUACAUAAUGAGAAAAGUCUGGCUGCAGCAGACGCGCAUAGGCCUGAGUCUGUACGACUCGCACGGCACCGGGGUUCUCCUUGAAGUCGAUUUUGAAAACUACAUCCUGGAGCUGAUUCCCACUCUUCCUCAGUUGAAUGGCCUGGAAGACUCGUUCUAUUCAUUCUUCGUCUGCACCGCCGUGCGCAAGUUCUUCUUCUUCCUUGACCCGCUGAGGACAGGCAAGGUGAAGGUGCAAGACAUCAUGUCCUGCAAGUUUCUUGACGAGCUACUUCAGCUACGUGACGACAAGCUGACGGCCGACCAGCAACGUUGCAACUGGUUUUCAGCACCGCACGCUCUGAGGGUAUACGGUCAGUACUUGGCAUUGGACCUCGACCACAACGGCAUGCUCAGCAAGCAAGAGCUGAUGGGGUACGGGACUGGGACGCUGAGUCCCGUGUUUGUAGACCGUGUGUUUGACGAGUGUCUGACCUACGAAGGAGAGAUGGAUUAUAAAGGUUAUCUGGAUUUCGUACUGGCUAUGGAGAACAGGAAGGAACCGCAAGCAUUGCACUUUUUUGUGCGUCUACUGGAUGUGCAGAAUCUCGGAUACAUUGACAUGUUCUCAGUCUACUAUUUCUUCAAGGACAUACAGCGUAUGUUGGAAGCGCAUGGCCAGCCAAUGGUUCAGUUUGAAGACGUGAAGGAUGAGAUCUUUGAUAUGGUCAAGCCGGUGGAUUCGCUCAAAAUUUCACUGGAAGAUCUGCUAAGAUGUGGGCAAGGUGAUACGGUGAUAAGUCUUCUCAUCGAUCUCAAGGGGUUCUGGCUUUACGAGAAUCGAGAGCAGCUUGCCGCUGAUCCGUCCCAACUCGACGCGGAAGACGACGAUGAAGUGGAUGACAUGGAGCUGGCUAGCUCGAUUCCUAUCGGCGGCCAUGUUGGUAACCAAGGUGAUGGUGCAGGCGGCCAUGUUGGUAACCACGGUGAUGGUGGUGGCGACAGCCAGGAUGUCCCGCAGGUGGAGCGGGAGUUCCGCGAGAUGAGCGUGGAGGAUUUGGAGUGAAGCUGUUUCGUGUGUGUGUGUGGGUGCUUGUGUACGUGUGUGUCUGGCGUAGUGGAUGGUGUACAGUGGAGAGAGAUCUUAGUGUAAACUAUGCGGGAUUAGAAAUUACUUUCUUUUUGCAUGCAAUGUACUGUACUGUUUACCUUACUGUGCAUUGACCUUGAUUCGUUUAAUACCUUGACCAUGAUCUUUGUCUACCUGUCAGUCAUGCAGUCUAUCUGCAGAUCAUCACGAGAAAACGUUCUUGAUGGAAAUAAACUGUUCCUAUGAUGACAACUGUAUAAACAACACAUGUACUUGA